AUGUUUCCAUUGAUAAACCAAGUCCCUAACGACCUGAGCAGGGGAACUAAACGUCCUCGUCGUCGUGCAGAUGAAAAAUUUCACAAGUUUAUUCAGCGAGUAACAAAGAGUAAUGUUUUCAAUGGUUUCAUCAUGGGCAUUAUCGUCAUCAACGCUCUGUGCAUCGGUUUGGAAACAGUAGAUGAAUACAAACGAACCCAAGCAAACACCUUCAAAGUCCUCGACGACUUCUUUUUGUCUAUCUACACUAUGGAAUUUUUAAUGAAGUUGUACGCUGAACCAUCUGGCUAUUGGAAAAGUAGCUACAAUAUAUUUGACUUCACUAUACUUCUGACAUCUUAUGUUCAAGUCAUCAUGAACGAGCUGAAUGUUGGAGACAAUCUUCUUACUCCUCUUCGUCUUCUUCGAGCUGCUCGAACCCUUCGCACCAUCUCCUUCAUCGAAGGUCUUCAGGUUCUCGUCAUCGCACUCAUCGAUACCAUUCGUCAUUCUGUUUUCAACGUGGUCAUUUUGCUUUCCAUGUUGAUGGCGUUCUUUGCUGUGGUUGGAUACUACAUGUUUGGUUACGAGGAAAUCACGGGCGAUAAAAAGAACUGGGGAACACUGAGCACGGCCAUGCUUACUCUCUUUACAUUUGUCACGGUAGAAGGCUGGACAGAGAUCCAAAAAGACCUGGACGUGCGACCAUACAGUCAAUGGUUCACCAUUACUUUCAUUUUCCUGGGUCAUUUUAUUUUUACCAACCUGUUUAUUGGCAUUAUUAUCAUGAACAUCCACGAAUCUACCGAAAAAUUCAUCCAGCAGCAAAGGCAAGAAAAAGAAGCCAUCCUCCAGAUGAAAAAGGAAUAUCUUUUCAAGCGACAGCACGAAGACGUCAAAAAGAUGCUGGAAAAACAGAAAACCAGUCAGUUUGCUAAUUUUGAAGAGAUGACACAAAGCUUCAAAGAGACCCUUCGACAUGACGACUUUGUGAUUAUGACAGACCCUUGCACCAACCCCACUUGGAUAGAGUCUUUCCUUACUACCUCAGAUCAUAUUGACCUCUACUUGUUCAGGUGUCAACAGCUCCAUUUUCAAAUUGCCAGCACCCUUGCUGACAUGGUUGAAAAUCAGUCAAAGCCCACAGGCCUCCUAUCAAGGCUACAGCAAUUACAAACAGCAACACAAAGUCCCAAAACAGCAGAAAUUAAACACCCUAUCUUAAAUGUCAAACCAGCUACAAACUGACAAAGCUGAUCCUCUAUUUGGGAUACCUGUGACAAGAUGAUAAAGACACAGGCAACCCAAAAGAAGCUAAGCAAGUGUACUCUUUUCUCCACCCAAAG